AUAGCAUUAAUUAAGAAAAAAAGUAGUACGGUUCUUUUCAUCACUGGGGAGAAGGGCGAGAUCCCAGGACUAAUUUACAGUAUAGCCAGCAUAUUUUCUGCUCAGCAGCUCAGGGCAUCGAGACACAAUGUGCACUUUUCUGGAUAGGAGGACAUAAUCAUCUUUUCAGUCUGGGCGUUAGUGAUGCAGGUCCAGAAAGAAGAGAAAAAAAACUGCACUUGGGCCUUGAUGUAUUGGGCUGCCAGUUGAUCAGUUUUUUUUUUCUCUCUCUCUCUCCCUGUCGCGGGCCGGCGCACAUCCUCGCCGCUGUGGAGGUUGUGCCUCACCUAGUAGACUGUGAAUCGCAGUAGGCACACUGGCCACAAUGGCUCUAACGCUUCUCAGAGGGAUCAGAACACAAGCCUUAUUUAGAGCGAAUGCAGGCCUCUUCUGUACCACUCGACUUUCUCCACUAGCCCUCUUCACAACUAGGGUGGAGAGCGUGCAGACUACUAACCCCAAGACAGCGCCCAAAUCAAUUCAACAGGCCGCCAAGGAGGCGGCGGAGCAGAAGAUGCAAGGUUUCGAAGCGGUUAUCGGCAUCGAGACCCAUGUCCAGCUAUCGACCAUCACAAAGGCAUUUUGCUCCUGCCCGUACGACUAUGGCUCCCAGCCCAACAGCACUGUUUGCCCCACCUGUAUGGGCCACCCGGGGACAUUGCCGGUUCUGAAUGCAAAGGUUGUUGAAUGCGCAGUCAAGCUAGCCCUCGCUCUCAACUGCGAGAUCUCCAUGACAUCCAAGUUUGAUCGGAAGCAAUACUUCUACCCAGACCUGCCCAAGGGCUACCAGAUUUCGCAGUUUGACAUCCCCAUUGCCGACAAGGGUUACAUUGAUUUGGAUCUUCCAGUGGAGUUUGGUGGUGGUCACAGGCGUUUUGGGGUCACGAGGGUUCAUAUGGAAGAAGAUGCUGGCAAGCUGCUUCACUCUGAAUCCGGGAAUUACUCUCAGGUUGACCUGAAUAGAGCCGGUGUUCCUUUGCUAGAGAUUGUCUCAGAGCCAGAUAUGAGGACAGGGAUAGAGGCUGCUGAGUAUGGUGCUGAGGUGCAAAGGCUUGUUAGAUACCUGGGAGUGGGCAACGGUAACAUGCAGGAAGGUUCCCUCCGCUGUGAUGUGAAUGUAUCUGUCCGGCCUAUUGGACAAUCAGAAUUUGGUACCAAGGUUGAAAUAAAGAAUAUGAACUCAUUUAAUGAAAUAAGUCGGGCGAUAGAUUAUGAGAUAUCCCGACAGAUUCAUCUUCACAAAGAAAGCCAAGCUGAUCAAAUUGUACAAGAAACCCGUCUGUGGGAUGAAUCUUCUCAGAAAACUUUUACAAUGCGAAAAAAGGAGGGACUUGCCGACUACAGAUAUUUUCCUGAGCCUGAUCUUGCUGAAGUUGUUCUCACUAGUGAGUACAUUGAUGAAAUUCGUAAUUCAUUGCCGGAGCUUCCAGAGGCAAAGCGUAGGCGUUAUGAGAACAUGGGUCUCAGCAUGCAAGAUGUUAUUUUCCUGGCUAAUGAUGAUAAUGUUGCUCAUUUCUUUGAUUCUACACUUGAGCAUGGCGCUGAUGCAAAGCUGGCUGCCAAUUGGAUCAUGGGUGACAUGACGGCUUAUCUGAAGGAUGAAAAACUCUCUAUCCAUGAAAGUAAAUUAACACCUCUGGAGCUUUCUGAAAUGAUUGCAUCCAUUAAGAAUGGAACUAUCAGCGGGAAGAUUGCAAAGGAGAUUCUGGUUGAGCUCAUUGCCAAAGGUGGAACUGUUAAGUCUGUGAUAGAGGAAAAAGAUUUGAUUCAGAUAGCAGAUCCAGGAGCGAUUGGUGCCAUGGUAGAUAAAGUACUCGCGGACAAUCCGAAGCAACUCGAGCAGUAUCGGGCUGGGAAAACCAAGUUGCAGGGAUAUUUUGCUGGCCAGGUGAUGAAAGCAUCUAAGGGUAAGGCGAGUCCUGUUCUACUGAACAAAAUCCUGGGGGAGAAAUUGAAGGGCAAUUAAUUGCCGAUGGAGGCUUCGGCACACUGGAAUUAUCUAGUCCUUGAUGAGUGUGGACCAUCAAAUGAAAGUGAAAGCCCACAGGCUCAUCUAUAGUCAACUUAUAGCUAGCAUGUACAUGUACAAUAACAAGCUAUAAAAAUGUAGUAUUUUUACAAUACAUGGUCCACUUUUUAGUCUCACAUAGUGCUAGGAGGACGUGAUAGAGCUGGCUAGUAGAUAAGAGCCCACUUCUCUUCUCUCUCCUAACCUCUCUCCUCCAACUAAGCAAAUUUAUAAUAUUUUAUCUCA